AUGGCGCCAGCCUCUCAAUUCGAAGUGGCGCAGCCACCCAACGAUGCAAUUUCCAGAGUUGUCUUCGGCCCAGGCCAGUCAUCAAGGCUUCUCGUUUCCUCGUGGGACAGAAAUGUGUAUCUUUAUGAGGUACAAGACGGAGAGGAACCCCAGGCGACUCUAGUACGAACGUUUGAGCACCGCGCGCCCGUAUUAGAUGUCUGCUUUGGCGCAAGUGAAAAUGAGGCCUUCUCGGCCGGACUGGACUUCCAGGUGCAGAGACUCGAUCUCGAGACGGGUGAACAGACACAACUCAGCAAACACGAGAGAGCCGUGCGGUCUGUCGUGUACAGCCCUGAACAUUCUAUCCUCAUCUCCGCAUCCUGGGACCAGACUCUCCAUUUCCACAACACCGCCGACCCGACCGUCGCCCCUCUCAUCGUCACUCUCCCAGGCAAGCCGCACGCCAUGGCAGCAAGUCCCUCCAAAGUCGUCGUCGCCAUGACCGCACGACUCGUCCACAUCUUCGACCUCCCCACAGUCGCAAGCCAUUUCGGCUCGUCGGCAAACGGAAGCGGCGCCGCCGACAUCAAGCCUUGGCAGCAGCGCGAGUCGUCCCUGAAGUUCCUCACGCGCGCCGUCUCAUGCAUGCCCAACGACGCGGGCUAUGCGACGAGCAGCAUCGAGGGCCGCGUGGCGGUGGAGUGGUUCGAGGACAGCGCCGAGUCGCAGGCGCGCAAGUACGCAUUCAAGUGCCAUCGACAGGCAGCGCCGGAGGAGGAGGGCGGCGGCGAUAUUGUUUAUCCCGUCAACGCACUGGCGUUCCACCCAAAAUACGGCACCUUUGCGUCAGGGGGCGGUGACGGAACCGUUGCGUUGUGGGACGCGGAGGCGAAGCGGAGAAUGAAGCAGUACCAAAAGUUCUCCAAUAGCGUUGCAUCCUUGGCUUUCUCGAAGAAUGGCAAAUAUCUAGCGAUUGGCGUCUGUCCAGGUUUCGAGACUGGUCAGGAGGACUAUACCGGCGAGGGCCAAACCAAGGUUUUCAUUAGAGAGCUUGGUGAGACAGAGGCAAAGGGCAAGGGCUCUAAGUAA